UAUUAGAACAAGUCUAGAUCUAGAAUCUAAGUAGAUCUAGUAGCAGUACUAGAUCUAAGUCUAUAUCUAGAUUCUAGAUCCUAGUAGUAGAUUGACGUAGAGUGUAGACUUUCGACUUAGCACGUAGAUCUAGAUUAGAUUUAGAUUAGGAGUAGAUCUAGAUUCUAGUUACAAAAGUGUCAAUCAAACAAAAGUCCAAAAGUAAAGUAGUUUGUUGCUGACUUCAGAGUUCAGACAUAUCACAUCACUUAACAGUAACACUACAACAGAGUAAACUCAGUAAUGCAACAAGCUGGGGGUUCGUUUUGCAAGGGAUACAAAGGGACGGGUUGAUUCAAAAUAUCGAUAGAGUAGACUACCACAGCCCACAUUGGUUGACAAUGGAGAUUUUCAGUGCCUACAUACUUUAUUUUUUUACAUUUGCCUUGUGUGUCAUAUUAACUUUCUUAAUAAUUUGGCGAUUUAACAAGCGGUAUUCACAGAAAUGUACUAUUAUUAGUGACCAGAGUAAAUCUGGAAAUAAAAUCAGAAACAGCUACACACUGUGCAAUUCAUUAGAGUGUGUCAGGUGUGCUGGAGGACACUCUACCCUUCAGACGGCCCUUACCAGACUAAGUUAUUUUGCUGAUAAUGAUCCCUCAGUAAAAAAAUAUGAUGUGGAAAGUCUGUUGUUGGAUUUGCGAAAAUCGCUCGCCUUAAUAAAAAAGAAAGAAGAAGUCACGGAUAUAAAUACCCUAUCAUCUCCCAGCAUUAGUAGCUCGACUCCAGUUGUUUUUAAAAUGUCUGGACUAAGAGAGAAGACGUUCUGGUCAAAAAAUGACUUUCCAGCUUUACAGAUCCUAGACAAGUAUUUUCACCAAAUAUAUUCUGAAUUUAUCAAUGUUUAUAAUAGUCCUGAGAAAGAUAUUCAAGGUCUUUGGAAAACAAAUAGUAGUGCAUCUGGUAAAUGGAGUAUUUUACAUAUUUUUGAUCAAGGCAAAGCAACCAAAGUGGCUGAAUUGUGUCCAUUUACUUAUGAUGUUCUGACAAAAAUACCAUAUUUUAUGAAUGGUAAUAUUUUUGCUAAUGCUGCAUUCUCUGUUGUUCAUCCAAAUACUUUGAUUGCAAAACAUUGUGGCUCAACAAACUGCAGGAUUCGAUGUCAUUUAGGACUAAAGGUUCCUAAAGAUGAAUGUAUCCUUGAGGUUGGAGGAGAAAGCCGUAUUCAUGAAGAGGGCAAAAUAGUUUGUUUCAAUGAUGCUUUCCCCCACUCAGUCCAACAUAAAGGACUGAAUGAAAGCCACAUCAGGGUUAUUUUCAUGUUUGAUAUGUGGCAUCCAGACAUAACAGAUAGCCAAAAGAAAAUUUUAAGUUAUGCCUUUAGUGCUUAAACUAAGGUUUAAUUUGGUAGUGUUUUGCAAUUAAUUUUUAGCAGUGUUCAUCAGUCACAAUAAAUGAUACUGGUUACAUUGUGAUUUUUUUUUAUUUAUAAAGAAUAAUCCACUUAUUGCUGAUAUAAGUAGUUCAGAAGUUUGUUUAUUUAAAUAUUGAUGAUGUACAAAAGUUAAUCAGUUGAGCUUAUUUAUAUUGUACCUGUAUGUGUUUUAAGCAACAUUGUUCUUGAGAUCUACCUAGAUCAGUUAUCGAUUAUUAAACGUAAAAAAAGCAUAUUUAUGCUAGUGUAUUGUUUAAAUAUAUUGUCACUGUGUGCAAUUUUGCUCUAGCUAGUAUUUUUAAAUAGAUGAACUUAUGUCAUGUAUUAUAAAUAUAAAAUAAAUGUAUUUUUUAAGACUUAUUUCAUUAUGAAAUAAGUUUUACAGUAAUGCCAAAACAAAGUAAAAUGCCCUUGAAAAAUUGACUGCCUAACAGGAUAUAGAUUUUCUAAGAAAAAGUAUAUCUAUGCAGUUUUAUCUUAAGAAACAAAUAUAUUAAUUCUGAACUUCAUUUCUGUUAU